AGGGCCGCGCAUUUUCAGGAGGGAGCGGGAGGGAGAACGGCCGCACGGAGCCACGGCACCACGGCAAAACUACUCUGGCGCAGCAGGAUCAAGAUGGAAACAGUCCAUUUCUCAACAUCAACAAGACCUCGAUUCAGAGAAGACGCUCGUCAACCAGAUCAGCACAGGUUCUAUGUUACCCAACCUUCCAUCAUUAUUAAGACCCCUAAGUGUUCCCUGUCAAGAUAUCCCAAUGGAGACAGCGAGAGCCCACCGCAGGGUUCGCCUGAUUUUGUCUCCAUGCUGAGCCCGAGUCACAUCCACACAGAAGGGUCCCAAAAACGCAAAAGGACUCCUUUCAAAAUGGAUGCCCAUGAGUGUGAGAGUGGUGAGGAGGAGGAAAGAGGCAUCCCGAAAUCAGGCAACCUCGCCCACAUCUCCUUCCCGUCUCAUCCCGUUCCCUUCUCACCCACUGUCUCACCCGGUAUGAUCGAGCUGAGCAGGCUGCAGUUUCAUCGCAGGACCGCCCCCGUUGACAUUCCGGUGCAGGUGAAACGGGAGCCUCUCAGUCCCCCUCCAAUGUGGCCCCCACAUCCUUUCCUCAUCCAACCAUCAUACUUCCCACCUCUCCACCACAGCCUCAUCCCAUAUCCCUUCUUCAUGCCCGGCCCCGUCGUGCCCUUCCCGCCCAGGGAGGACGUCAGGCCCGCGCACCGCGGUCACGACGCCCCCCCUCGAGGCGGGCCGAGGGCCGGCGAGAAGCCCGGCUUUGACGUCCACGUGGACGACAGCUACUACGUGGAUGUGGGCGGCGAUCAGAAGCGGUGGAAGUGCCGCAUGUGCGACAAGUCCUACACGUCCAAGUACAACCUGGUCACGCACAUCUUGGGCCACAAGGGCAUCAAGCCCCACGGGUGUCACCUGUGCGGGAAGCUCUUCAAGCAGCUGAGCCACCUGCACACGCACUUGCUCACCCACCAGGGCAUGAGGCCUCACAAGUGCCAGGUGUGCCACAAGGCCUUCACCCAGACGAGCCACCUGAAGAGACACAUGAUGCAGCACAGUGACGUCAAGCCUUACAGCUGCAGCGUGUGUGGCCGAGGCUUCGCCUACCCCAGUGAGCUUCGCGCCCACGAGCUGAAGCACGAGAAAGGCCAGGACAACGUGUGCGUCGAGUGCGGUCUGGACUUCCCCACGCUUGUCCAGCUCAAGAGACAUUUGACUGCCCACCGCGGCCCCACCUUGUACAGGUGCACCGACUGCCAGAAGACAUUCCAAUACCCAAGUCAGCUGCAGAACCACAUGAUGAAGCACAAAGACAUCCGGCCGUACAUCUGCAGCGAGUGCGGGAUGGAAUUCAUCCAGUCGCACCACCUCAAGCAGCACACGCUCACUCACAAAGGCGUGAAGGAGCACAAGUGUCGUAUCUGCGGCCGAGAGUUCACGCUGCUGGCCAACAUGAAGCGCCACAUGCUCAUCCAUACCAACGUGAGGGCCUACCAGUGCCACAAGUGCUUCAAGAGCUUUGUCCAAAAGCAGACGCUCAAGGCCCACAUGAUCGUCCACUCCGACAUCAAGCCUUACAAGUGCAAGCUGUGCGGCAAGGAGUUCAACAGGAUGCACAACCUCAUGGGUCAUAUGCACCUCCACUCGGACAGCAAACCCUUCAAGUGCCUCUACUGUCCCAGCAAGUUCACUCUGAAGGGAAACCUCACCAGACACAUGAAGGUGAAGCACGGCAUCAUGGACAGAGGGUUGGAUGAAAGAUUAUUCCGACGAGGACGCUUCUGCUUCUCCUCACCCAUGAGCCUCCUGGGCCGUUUCAACCAAAAAGAGCCGUUUGAUCUUUCCCAGAAGCCUCCAGGCCUUCCCGGUCUUCAUCUUCCCCAGUCUGACGGCGAGAGUGUGCCUGGUAGCUCUUGCCAGGAGGAGGAUGAGGAGAGUUUAUACAGACAUAGUCAGUACAGCCCUGACGAGGAUCAACACGAGCGCUCGGUGGGUGAGGUGGUGGGAGGCCGGGGUUCUCCGGCUAGAGACGGACACUUGAAUGCAACAUGGAGACGGAUUGAGUCUCGGCCUAGUGACGAGGCGGCUGAGAGAAGUCACAGAGAGUCAGAUGACCACGCUGCUGAGUCUGAACUGGAAGAGGAGCUUGACAAUGUGACAAAGAGCAGAUUACAGAGAGACAUUGUCAGGGAAUCGACCGGGCCACCGGGCAGGGAAGAAAAAGCAAAGGAAGAGGAUGAAGAGUAAAAAGAGGACGCAGGUUUUGCUGAAUGCUGAGAGUUGAGACGAUGUGCAGACUACUCACAAAAUGUUCGGGGUAUUCAAUUUUCAGGUGAACUUAAUCAGGCCAUCUCUAAACUUUUCAAUGCACAUGUCCAACUGUUAAUGUUGCAAUGCUACUGUGUUUGCACAACUUGCUGUUCUCUAACAAAGACCUGAAUGGUCUGUUCGAUCUAUGGACAAAUACAUAUCUUGGUUCAAUGGGAAUUGGUAUGUAAAACAGCCGUCUCCAUCAUGCUGUUGCCAUUUUGACAUCAUGAGACGACGCCUAACAACUGAUCGAAAGUACCUUGCCAUUGCGAGAUUUCAAACAGGAUGUUGUCAGGGGGAAGUGGUCACUGUGCACAAAUUGUAAUCAGCAGGUUAAAAAAGAGGUAGGGAAAGACUGGAAGAAUCACAGAGAGGUAUAGAAAUGGAUAUGUGCCUGCAAAAGUUCAGAGAAUGUCAAAUUAAGUUUGAGGUUGAUCCUGAAAUUCAUCCAAAAGCUAAAUAUCCAUCACUUUUUUGUGUGCGUGAGUGUUGUAUAUGUGAGGACUGAAGGACGUGUGCAUGAACUCAGCUGACUGCAAAAUGAACCGUAGCAAUGAAAGCUGUGAAGAAUACUUCUUGUACAUAACUUGUUACAAUUGCUCUCAGGUGCAAGAAAGAACAUUCUACAAGAAAAAGUAUAUGUAGUUAUUUGGAAUACGUUCACUCUGACCGCAUUUCUUCAAAUAGUGGCCUCCGCUCUGAUAGGCAUUAUGAAUAAAUAAAAAUUAAUAGACGCCUCCUUA